UCCUUGGGAUUGCUUCCAGAGGCUAAGCCAGUGACCCACUUUCCCCCCAGGAAAGCAACGUCUCUUUUUUCCACUCCCCUGUUUAUAAACCCCUCCAUGGACCCUUUACAGAGCACCUCUCUCUCUCUCUCUCUUAUCCAUGGCUAACCAGAGACUUGAUGGAGAAGAUCAAGAAGCUCUGUAUGGCACAUACCCUUUAGCAGUGUACUAUGUACAGAGCCCAUCAGCUGUUUCACAUGCCAACAGUGACUCUCGCAACAAUGAAUCUGCUUUAAUGUCUCCAUAUCCAUAUCGAUCUGAGAACUUCAUCACCAAUCCCAGGAACCCAAAUCGCGAAGUAGCUCGAUUACUCGCACGUUACUCUUCCUCUCGUGGUUCAAACAAUUCAUUCCUCCACCAUGAAAAGAAGCUUUCCUAUGAUGGUGAUCAGAGUCAGGGGAUUGGCACUGAUAAUGGUGAGACUUGUCUGAUCAAUUAUGUAGAGGAAGUGGAAGAAAAAGUGCGAAAAAUUGAUGGCGGUGACGAUGAUGAUAAUGAUGAUGAUGAUGAAAUUGAAGAUGGAAGAAGACAUGGGUUUUGGAGAUUCUUCUCUUUUGGUACUUCUCCUUCUUGUGCCUGGAUUUUUCUCCAGAUUAGUUGGAGGUUGAUGUUGAGCUUGGGAGUUGCAUUGCUUCUUUUCUACUUGGUAACUAAGCCUCCUCCACCCAAAAUGUCUCUCAAGAUGGCAGGAAUACAAGAAUUUGGGUUAGGAGAAGGGGUGGAUGGAUCUGGUGUCACAACCAAUAUUCUCACCUGUAAUUGUUCCAUGAAAUUACAGAUUGAUAACAAAUCUAAGCUCUUUGGUCUUCACAUUCAACCUCCUAUCAUAGAUAUGUCUUUUGGGCGCUUCAUUUUUGCAAGCUCAGAGGGACCAGAAUUGUAUGCCGAGAGCGAUGGUCCGACGACAUUCCGGUUAUAUGUAGGGACAACUAAUAAAGCAAUGUAUGGAGCUGGUAGGAACAUGGAAGACAUGCUUCAAUCUGGAAAAGGACUGCAACUGAUUAUCCAGAUGAGGUUAAGCUCAAGUUUUAGAGUUGUUUGGAACCUUAUCAGGCCAAGGUUCCAUCACCAAGCUGAGUGUCUAUUACUCUUGAAUCGUAGAUACGAUAAACUUCACCACACCCAGGUGUAUAAUAGCAGCUGUAGAAUCACUCCUUAUUAAAUCUUAAUUAAUGAGAUAAUAAUUUGCUAUACAUACAAGAGAAUAUAAGCUUAAGAGAAGGUAUGGAACUUGGGAAGAAAGAGAGAAACUAUGUAUAUGAGGAAACAAUUGGUAUGUAUAUGGUGCUUGUGGUAAUUUCAAUCAAUAAUCGAUUGAGAAAAUUUUGUUUUC